AUGGAUAGUGGAGAUGCAUCCUCGAUAGAAGAGUCAUCAGACAACAAUGUGGAGGUCGUUGAGAAGAUGGUCUCUGAAGUAAAGGUUGAUAAUACAGAAAGGAGGACGCUACCGAGAAUGACAAAGUAUGAAAAGGCACAUGUGCUCGGUGUUCGUGCGUCUCAGCUGAGUGCAGGCGCUCCUCCGUUCGUGGACAUAGGAAACGAAUCGAAUCCGCUGAAGAUUGCAGGGCUGGAGCUGAAUGAGAAGAAGAUUCCGUUCAUUAUCCGCAGAAGGCUUCCCGAUGGCAGUUUUGAGGAUUGGGCGAUUGAUGAGCUUUUGAUGCCUGGGGUGGAUUUCCAAUAG